GCGAGAUUUGUUCUCACUGUUGACGUGACGAGACAUAAGAGAAGAAUAUGUGUUCGAUAGCGCACUUAUCUCGAUAACGCGAGAUAAAUAAUCGGAUAGAUAAAUCGUGUUUUAAUAUUAGGUACUUUUGCACGUAUUUAAAAGUGAGAUUGUAUGGAGUUUAACCUUUUUCGAACCGUAAGCGAGAUCGUAAGCAAUAAUGUCAAGUGCCGUGUUAUGGCUCUCUUCAAAUUGUGUACUAUCGCAUUGAAUUGUACAAUAUAUUGCAGUCUGAGAGGCAACUUAUCUAGCAAGAAAUUUGCGAGUACCUUUUAUUUGUUAAAGCGAUACUGCUCGAACCGCGUUAUGAAGGUUCUCAACGUUGCCGAGAAACAUGACGCGGCCAAGAAUAUCGCUGGUUAUUUGUCACGAGGAACCAGUAGGAGGAGAGAAGGUUUAUCUGUGUAUAACAAGAUCUUUGAAUUUAAUGUGCAACUAUGGGGUCAAAACUGUCAGAUGGUGAUGACGUCUGUGUCUGGACAUUUAUUAGGUUAUGAUUUUAUGGGAGCCUAUCGUAAGUGGCAAGGCUGUCACCCGUUAAGCUUAUUCGACGCUCCAGUAUCCAAGGAGUGCCUUGGUGAAAAUUAUGAAAAGAUCAAGAGAACCUUAGAACGAGAGAUACGAUCCUGUAAUGCGCUAAUCGUUUGGACAGAUUGUGACAGAGAAGGGGAGAACAUAGGCUUUGAGAUCAUUCAGGUCUGCCAGGCAGUUAAGCCUAAUAUCCGUGUGUAUAGAGCAAAAUUCUCAGAAAUUACAAAACCAUCUAUAGAAAGAGCUUUGCAAACUUUGGCAGAGCCAGACAAGGCAAUGAGCGAUGCCGUAGAUGUAAGAAGUGAAUUAGAUUUACGAAUUGGCGCUGCGUUCACGAGGUUUCAAACCUUAAGGUUGCAGAAGGUGUUCCCCAAUACUCUCGGAGAUUUACUCAUCAGUUAUGGAAGCUGCCAGUUUCCAACGCUUGGAUUUGUAGUUGAGAGGUUUCUGGCUAUUGAUCGGUUCAAAUCUGAACCGUACUGGAAGCUGAGAGUGAUCGACGAUCGCGACGGGAUAUCUGUAGAAUUCAGAUGGGCCAGAGUAAGAUUGUUCGAGAAAAUACCUUGUCAAAUUUUUUUGGACAUGUGCUUGGAACGACCCGAAGCUACAGUGGAAAAAAUAACGUGCAAACCGAAAAGCAAAUGGAGACCUCUGCCAUUGGAUACUAUUGAAUUAGAGAAGCAAGGUUCUCGUAAGUUACGCAUAAACGCGAAGGAAACGAUGAGAAUAGCAGAAAGAUUGUACACUCAGGGUCUCAUCAGUUAUCCACGUACAGAAACGAAUAUAUUCCCAAAGGAAUUGAAUCUGGCAUCUUUAGUGGAACAACAAGUAACCAAUCCCAACUGGGGUGGCUUUGCGCAAAAUUUACUGGAGUCUGGCAUAACUCCUAGGCAAGGAAAGAAAAGCGAUCAAGCGCAUCCUCCUAUUCAUCCUACAAAAUAUACUGACAAUUUGCAAGGAAACGAAGCAAAGGUCUACGAAUUCGUGGUUCGUCAUUUUCUGGCUUGUCUGUCAAAAAAUGCAGAGGGCCGAGAAACAACGGUGGAUAUUAACAUAGCCGAGGAAAAGUUCACGGCUAACGGUCUCGAAAUUAUAGCAAAAAAUUAUCUCGACGUAUAUAUAUAUGAAAAAUGGAGUGACAAGCAGAUUCACGUUUAUCAGGAGAGGCAGGUUUUUCGACCAACCAGCAUCGAUAUGGUGGAGGAGAAGACUUCACCACCGAAAUUAUUGACCGAAGCUGAGCUGAUUGCGCUGAUGGAUAAGCAUGGCAUUGGUACGGAUGCCACCCACGCCGAGCAUAUCGAUACCAUCAAGUCCAGGCAAUAUGUGGGUUUAACGGACACCCAACAUUUUAUGCCAGGCAAAUUGGGAAUUGGUCUAGUCAUGGGUUAUGACAAUAUGGGUUUCCAAAUGUCCAAGCCACAUUUGCGCGCGGAUUUAGAAAAAGAUUUACAAUUGAUAUGCCAGCGUCAAAAGAAUCCUAAUGAAGUAUUACAAAAUCAAAUUAAUAAAUAUCGCGAGGUGUUCAAAGUGGCGAUGGAACGUGCCAAUUUGAUAGAUAAUUCUUUAGCACAAUAUCUAGACGAGAGACCUCUCCAAAACGAACAAGUCACACAGCUAGCUCCUGAGCCAAUUGCUAUAUUCAAGUGUCCAAAGUGCAGUUCUAAUAUGGUUCUAAAAGAGAGACGACAAGGUGGGGGAAAGUACAUUAGUUGCAUGGGAUAUCCAACGUGUACCAAUGUGGUCUGGUUCUCAGAAGCCAUAAAAGAUGUAGAGGUUUUAAACGAGAUAUGUAAUCAGUGUACAGAAAAUAUGCACAAAUUAAAGUUUACGUUAGUCAGAAAUGUGAUACCCUUGUAUGGUACUUCUUACACGACUUGUAUAGGCUGUGAUACCACAUUCAAUGAAAUGUUGAAUAUUAAAGAGGAUUGCAUUAAACAAAUUGGAAGACCGCAUAAUACCGGUCACAAUAAUACCAGAGCUACACCAAGCACCAGUACUUUUACUUCAACUACAUCCCAAUCGCGAAGUAUUCAGCCAGUCUCUAAUAGUACAGACUCCAGUAAUACAGGGUCCAGCAGUACAGGAGUUCGAAGUAACAAUUAUGGUUCUAUCGGAAUUUCUGGUACAUCUGGUGCAGGGCGCAUACAAAACCAGAAUUUUAAUGUUUCUCAGCCAAAUAGAUUGAACAAUCCAAAUGCUGUUAACAGAAGUAUGAUAUCGAACAAUAGUGAAAAUCAUACUUCUUGGAUUCAUUCGAAUGAUUUCAACAGUUCAGGGAAUUGGUCAAAUCAAUCUGGGUCCAGAGAUUUUCGUAGUGCAAACAAAUCAACCAAGUUGGGUAACAUUGAUAAUAAUACUGAGAUUAUGUGUAAUUGUCAUGAAAUUGCGAUUCAGUUAACAGUUAGAAAAGAGGGACCAAAUAAAGGACGUCUGUUUUACAAAUGUUCUAAACCGCAAGGUAAUGGUUGCAACUUUUUCUUGUGGGGAUCUGACAGCGCUGAACCUCAAAGUGAUGCAACGAAUGAACAUUCAAGUUGGACAUCUAAUCAGGAAAAUAGAAACAAUGAUGGUGCUGGUCACUUUUCUCGCGCUGGCACUUCUAAUAACGAUUGGGGAAACCCAUCCACGAACGAUGUUAUGUGUCAAUGUAAUCAGCCUGCUCGAAAACUGACGGUUUCCAAGGAUGGCCCUAAUAAGGGACGACAGUUUUACGGAUGUCCUAAAGGUAUGAAUUCUACUUGUAAGUUUUUCAAAUGGGCAGAUGACGGUGAUGCUGGUCAUGAGAACAUGGACUGGACCAAUUCCAUGACAGGAGGAAGAAGAAAUACAGGGCAUAAUAAAGGCAAUGCCCUAAAAAGGCCUACUGGAGCCAAGAGAAAAUGCGGAAAUUGCGGAAUGGAAGGUCAUACAAAGAGGAAAUGUCCAGAAAACUGACAAAAUAAUUUUUUUCUAAUAUAGUUGUUUUUUCUAAUGUAAUUGUAAAUAAUGUACAGAUUUUGUAACGAUUGAAAUCAUAAAAAACUUAAUUAGAAUGGAGCAGUGCUAAACAAGGCUCUUAGCUCCAAGAUUUGACUUGUGCCUUCAUUGCACCUACAUUUCUGUAACUUACUGUAAGAAAUUGAACGAUUCGAUUGGUUGAAAUCUUGUGAAAUGUAUGUGCAAUGAUCUUUAUUAAAGCAACAGUUCUUAAAAAUAUUAAGACAAAUGUUAAAGGAAGUGAUUCUAUAAUCAAUAUUGUUUUAUAGUUUAUUAUUUAUAUCAAGUGCAGAUAACAAUGUUUAAUAAUUAAAGAGGAGAUAAUAAUUAAACGGCAAUUUGUUUGUUAUGAGAAGAAUUAUUUUUCAGUCUAUCCAAUUCUUCUUUCUGCGAGUGAACUUCAGCAGUUGUUUGUGUUAACUAUAACAACGAACAAAUUAAGAUAAGACACAUCACUGUCGUUAUCAACAUUAUUGUUAUAUACUUCUAUUAAUAUUCUGUUAUAAUAUUUAUAAACUUAUUUCAUAUAUGUUA